ACAUAGCGUACCCGACACGCCGUGGUGGUUUCGCUCAGUUUGGGACCAGGGACCCUCGGGCAAUCAUUCGCGCGCGGACGACUGAUGACCAGCGUCAGGCCGCUUUCAGACUGUAGGCCAUGCAACCGCAUGCAUACGGCGCCGCGCCGAAUUCACGCGGCGCGGUGCCGACCGCUGCACGCCAGCACAGGCGCUUCAACGCCUGGGCCUGCUGGCGCGCCCGACCUCCCUCCGCUGCAGCGCGCUCCCGGCCCUCCCGGCCUUCCGUGGCUUGGCCAGCUACCCGCCUACCUGGCCACCAAGUUCUUUCCUAAGAAGAUGCUGGAGUGGUCGGAGCAGUACAACGGCGUGUACGCUAUGGAGAUUGUGGGGCGCAAGUACCUAGUGGUCACAGAGCCGUCCCUCAUCGCUGGCAUUGUGGGUCGCGGCAGUGCGGGCCUGCCCAAGUCCACUGGAUAUGCGAUGUGGGAUUCGGCCAUCAGCCCGCACGCGGGCGUCCAGGGUUUGUUCACAGUGGCUGAGAACACGACCACCUGGCGAGCGGUGCGGAGGGCUUACGGACCCGCCAUAGGGCCAGGCAGCAUGAGCCUGCACUAUCCCAUCAUCCUUCAGUGUGUCGCCAAGCUGGGUGACCUGCUGGAGCAGAGCUACCACCGCCAGCAGCAGCAGCAGCAGCAGUCACAACAACAACAACAACAACAACACGCUGCUGUCUACGGCGACAGCAGCGGCACCAGCACGAGCACGAGCAGCAGCAGCACCGCCAGCAUCAACAGCACCACGGGCCUGACCAGUCACGAGAUGAACCACCUGGCCAAGUGCCUCACACUGGACAUGUUGGGACUGAGCGCCUUCGGCAUUGACUUCCGAUGCCUGGACGACCCGGCGGCGGCGCAGCUGCCCUCCCUGAUUGAGUCGGCGAUGCACGAGUGCGGGGAGCGGGCGCGCAGCGUGGGCCGGCGGCUGCUGCCGUGGCUGUACGAGGAGGAGGCGCGGGCGGGGGCGGCGGACAUGGCGGCAUUCCACGCCCUGGUGGAGGACGUGUGGCGCCAGAUCCGGGCGCGCGGGGCGCCCACCGAGGAUGACAACAGCUUCGGCGCACAGCUGCUGCGCCUGGCAGACCCGUCCCUGGCGCCAGGCGGCGCGGCACUGAGUGAUGAGCAGAUCUGUGCCGAGAUCGCCACAGUCAUCAUCGCCGGAUACGAGACCACAGCCAACACGCUGACGUGGAUGCUGUACGGGCUGCACGCACACAAGGACGCCUCGGAGCAGCUCGUCGCAGAGCUGCGGGGGGCAGGCCUUGUCCCCGACACCUCCUCCUCCUCCUCCCCCUCCUCCGUGGACCCCACCACGGCCUCCUUCGCCUCCCUGGCUGGCGCCCACGAGGCGCUGGGCGGCCUGCCGGUGCUGGACGCCUACGUGCGCGAGUGCCUGCGCCUCUACUCCACCGCGCCCAACGGACUCAUCAAGGAGGUCCCCAAGAACGGACCGCCGGCGCGCGUGGGCCCGUUCGCGGCUGAUCCCGGCGUGGUGGUGUGGAUCCCGUUCUGGAGCCUGCACCUGUCCAAUCUCAACUGGGAGCAGCCACACGACUUCCAACUGUCGCGCUGGCUGGGUAAGGACCCUCGCACUGCCGGCUCGCUCACCGCCUCGCGCUGCCCCGUGUCCGGCACCCUCAACGCCCUGCGCGCCGCCACCAGCAGCAGCAGCAGCAGCAGCAGCAGCAGCAGCAGCAGCAGCAGCAGCAGCAGCAGCAGCAGCAGCGGCAGUGACAGCGACGGCGAGGGCGGCAGCAGCAGCGGCGGCCGCGGCUCCAAGGCCAUUCGCUUCAUGCCAUUCGGGGACGGCUCCCGCAACUGUGUGGGGCAGCACCUGGGCAUGCUGCAACUCAAGCUGUCGCUGGCCUACCUGGCGGCGCGCUUCGACCUGGUGCUGGACGAGGCCCGCAUGGGCGGCUCGGCGGCGGCGGCGCUGGAGCGGCAGCGCGUCAACCUCACGCUGGAGGUGGACGGCGGCAUGUGGAUGAGCGCGCGGCCGCGGCGGGCGGCAGGCGCCGGGGGGGCGGCGGCGGCGGCGGGGGUUGCGGUUGGGGAGGAGCGGAGGGCUGUGGUGGUUUGAAGCGUGGGGAUGUAGGAGGGAGGGAGGGGGGGAGAGGGGAGGGGGGAGAGGGGAGGAGAGGAGAGAGGGUGGGAGGGAGCCGGCGUGGCCGCAGGUGGGCGUGGCCUCGGGGGAGUGAGAGUUAGCCGCAGGUGUAGUGCGCAUGAGGCUCGUGUGAGGCGCGUCAGGGUGCACUAAAGCUCGUUAAAGUUACGUACACUUGCUCGAAUCCAGUUUGCAUAUCGUUUUCGCUUGCUUAGGUAUUUGCUCGGAGCCAGUGUGCAUAGCCACGCACGCGUGUACUGGUAUCAGCUGGUAUCAUGUGAGCCAAAGUGUUGAGGACUGUGGAAGGUCUGUUCAUAUAAGAAUGAUGGUCAUACUGGCGUACGCUGUUUAUGCUGUUAUGCACCGACACUAGCGUCGUCGAAUCCCCAAAUUGUAUUUGCUGGCAUUGGUGCUGACAAAGGUAGUCGGAAGCUUCCAACGCGCGCCGCGUUUGGGCAGGCAGGCCAGCCGCAGCUGUGUAACGGCCAGGUGUA